UUCAGUGCAGGCUGUGCUACGAGAGCAAAAAAAAAAAAAAAAAGAGAGAAAAAACGGUGGGAAAAGAGGUGAAAGCGCAGAAAUCCCGUCACAGUUUUCCGGCUGCAAUGGGAAGGAUGUAGUCCCGAUUUAGCCGACUGGGUCAGGCAUGGGAAAGUGGAUUACUGCGUUUUCUGAGAGCCGCGGACCGCGUAGAGAGCUCGCGUUUGGAUUCUACCCAUGCCAAGUAUGGAAACCGCACCAUCACGCAUCACGAGUUUGAAGCCACUGCAGGGAGAGCUCGAGAUGCAGCGUCGAGGCUAGAGGCAGCAGCCGAGUGAGCGUGAGGCAGUGGGGAAGCCCCUCUGGAUGAGCCAGCCACAGGCACCCAGCCGCACAGUACAGGAAUAACCACUUAAUAUGUCAACAGAGGCCGAGCUCCAGCCUGCUGCCAGACCCAGCGUCAAAAAGGAUUCCAAGAGGAGAGGGCAGGACCGGACUGAGGCAGCUCUGAUAAAACGUUUUAAAGGGGAUGGUGUCCGCUACAAGGCCAAGCUCAUUGGCAUCGAUGAGGUCACUGCCGCAAGAGGAGACAAGCUCUGUCAGGACUCAAUGAUGAAGCUUAAGGGGAUCGCUGCCUCGGCACGCUCGAAAGGAGAACAUAAGCAGAAGGUUUUUCUUACAGUGUCCUUUGGCGGGAUCAAGAUCUUUGAUGAAAAGUCAGGGGUUCUACAGCACCACCAUGCAGUUCAUGAGAUUUCCUACAUUGCCAAGGAUAUCACAGACCACCGGGCGUUUGGCUACGUAUGUGGAAAAGAGGGCAAUCACCGAUUUGUAGCCAUCAAAACGGCUCAGUCUGCUGAGCCGGUGAUCCUUGACCUCCGUGACCUUUUCCAGCUGAUCUACGAGAUCAAGCAGAGAGAGGAGAUCGAGAAAAAGGCUCAAAAAGACAAGCAGUGUGAACAAGCAGUUUACCAGACCAUUCUGGAAGAAGAUGUGGAGGAUCCAGUGUACCAGUACAUUGUGUUUGAGGCGGGCCACGAGGCCAUCCGUGACCAAUCAGAGGAGAGCGUUUAUCAGGUCCCUACCAGCCAACAAAAGGAGGGAGUGUAUGACGUCCCAAAACGACAUCCAAUUGAACAUAAUGGACAGACCAAACUGCUGGAUCUAGACGCUGACUUAAUGCUGUUUUCUCAGAAUAUCCAUCAAUUAGAGCUUUUUGGAGACAUGUCAACUCCACCUGAUAUCACCUCUCCUUCGACGCCUGCAUCCCCGGCUACCGUCUUAGACCCGACGCUGCUCCACCAGCCCCCCUCAGAACUGUUUGCUGCAUUCAACCCUGCCUCUGUGCCCUCAGGUUACGUGACAAUGGGAGCAGUGCCCCCAGGCUGGGCGCAGCAGCAGUUUGCAGCCCAGGCACCGCUGGCAUUCGGAGUUCAGUCACCAGUUCCCAUGGCUCAGGUGUUACCUGGUGGGCAGCCGCUGAUAUGGGGCCAGGCCAACAUCUUUCCCGCAACGCAGCAGCAGUGGGCGGCUAUGGCUGGAGUCCACUUUUCACCCGCUGCCUUUGUCCCUGCACAGACCAUGGGACCACUCCCAGCUGCUAUGUUUCAGGCACUAGCACCCAUGCCCAUGGCAGCAGCAUGUCCCACUGCUGGUCCUUCCCCAGGUACGCCAACCGCAGGCACCUCAGCUUCCACGGCCUCUAGUCCGCAACAUGGUGAGCGCUUAAUGCCUGGACAGACCAAGAUGAGCAAGGAGAUGUUCAAGGACUUCCAGAUGGCCAAGCCACCACCUCCAGGUACACAUAAGAGUGAGCAACCCAGUCUGGCAUGCACCACAGACGCUUUUACCAGCUACUUCAGCCGGGUGGGACUGGCACAGGACAACGAUGACUGUGAUGACUUUGACAUCUCCCAAAUGAACCUGACGCCCGUUACCUCCACCACACCCUCCACUAACUCACCGCCCACACCAGCCCCUCACCAGAGCUCCCCAUCUAAGGCAUCAUCACAGGCCAGUGACCCGCCCACCGAUGACUCCUUCGGGGAAGCAGAGGGCAGCCCGAGCCGUAGCGGCGAAGAGGACACUGCCGGAGACACACAGUCUCCGAGUGUGAGUGAGCCUCAGGCAGAGCCCGGUGGCUCUGAGCCGGACAGUCCUCAGGUCGGUAGCUAGAUAGCGGCAGGUCAGGGGGAAGGACCCUCUCUACGCCAAGAUCUGCAAAGGGAAGAAGUGAAGGAUCAUGGGAAGACUGCACACUGAACAGUGCUCAGGGGGGAGCAGGAGACCAAACCCUUAGAGCCGCUCUGUGUGUGUUUGUGUGUGUUUGUGUGUGUGAGAGAUAGAGAGAGAGAGAGAUCAAGAAAAAAUCAGUGAGUGAAUGUUAUAGAAAUAUAACUGGCUGAUGACAGAGUGUGUGUGUGGUGUGUGUGUGUGUGGUUGCAUGAGAGUGGAUGGCAUUCAGAGCUCACCUGUAAUGGAUCUCUCCAGCCUUCUUGGCCUUCAGUCUCCCUUUGGAUAUCACUCUAUGUGGAGUACUGCAGACUGGACAUCCUUCCCUUCUUUCUGUCCUUCCAUCGAGCUCCUUGUUUCUGUCGCCCUCUGUUUCCUACGGACUGAGUUCCUUAUGGACUGAAAGUGGAACGAACACCUGUUGAUGAUGAUGAUGAUGAUGAUGAUGAUGUUGAUGAUGAUGAUCUUUACACCCUUUCCUUCGUCUCACUCUUAUGCCAGUCUAGCCAAGAUUUGAUAGUAUGAGUACAAAGUAUGAGAGAUGCCUCAUUCCAUGUUUUCUCUCUCUCUCUCUCUCUCUCUCUAUGUCCCUGUCUCUAUCAAAUGAGUGUUCAAGAAAUCACAGCUUCUUGAUCCUGCAUAAUCCCCGUCUCUCCACUGUCAUCUCUCUGCCUAGUCCAGGCCAGAGCAAUCGAUUACAGAGUAAUCCAUUUGAUCCAUCCACAGGAUUAUGUGAUUCGUCCAUUUGGGUUUGUUUGGUUUCGCUCCCCAAUCUAUUUGAGAUUCUGCUGCUAGAGAGCUAUGCAGAAAUAAUAAUUUUAAAAAAAUGACAAAAGACUUUGUCUUUCUCUGUGGACAUUUCAUACAGAGAUCUGACUCCAGGAGUGACUUUGCCAAAAUCUCUCUUUCUUUCUUUCUUUCUGUCUGUCUUUCUUUUUUUUUUUCUUUUUGCUGGAAACACUUCUGAGCAGCUCUUACAGAGGAGACACCGCAAUGGACGGACGUUGUCAAAAAAAACAAACAAACAAAAAAAAAAAAACCCACCAAGCUGAAUCUGUGACUGAACUGUUCCUUCUCUAUAGCUUUUGUACGAUACUAAUAAGACAAAAAAAAAGACAUUGAAAACGGGAUUUUUAUUUUAUAAGUCAGUGGAGCCCUCGAGGCCGACUUGAAACGUGUUUUAAGGAUAAACGUGGCUUUAAGGCAUCGGAUCAUCAGUUUGCCAAACUCAUUUUGUAAAUAACAAUAAUGCCUACAAUAAUGCUGAUGAUGAUAAUAGUGUUUGUUCUUUUUUCCGCCGGACCUCUGUGCCAUAAAAUAGGCAGGCUUAAGUGAUGCAAGCGUAACAUGGAAUAUCCCAAGCAAUAUAUCCACGUGUCAAAAAAUUCCCCCCUUUGUGGUUUAUGUUGCUGUCUGCUCUUGUGCAUGUUUGGUUUACUUAACAGUGUGGUGCACGUCCUUUGGGUACAAUGAAGAAAAGCAGGCGGUUAAAAUAUCUCAAGUGUCAUAAAGAGUGCACGGCUCAUUAUGGGAUAAUUGAGUAUGUAUAGGCUCAAAGACUAUCUGCAAUAGAUGAAGAUGGUGUUUGAUAUAAUUGGGACGUAUUAAAAGUUGAGCGUUGAGUUCAAAAUAAACUUUAUAAAUGAUUCUGAAACCAAUUAUAAAAGAGUAUAACUAGAGUUGUGGUGUCCUAAAAGUCUCUAUACAGAGGGGAAAUUAACAAAACGCAGCUUUAUUUAGAAACUCUUAUAAGAAAAUUUACUACAGUAAACUAUAGGACAGUACCUAAUUUACCAUAGUAUUGUGAUGGUACUUUACCAUGGUAGGCACCAUAGGACUCUAUAGGGUACCAGGGUAGGUACUAUGGCAUUUCAGUGGGUCCCCAAAACCUAGAUGGUUAUAAUGUUAAUGGUUUUAAAAGAUUGAUUUACAAUUUGUUGAAAGAUUUUUGGAAUUAUAACUAAGCAACGAAUUUUGAUGCAUUCGAAACUCAAAAAGUAAAAGAAUUCACAGAGGCCGUCACUCAUUGACUGGGUCAGGUCUUUAUAACCUUGUGGUAUUUUACUGCAGUCUGGUCUCAUUCUCGAAUGCUCGAGUUCUCCUGCCAUGUUGCUGUUUAAAUUUCAGAUGCCUUAUGUGUCACUACGCAUACCGGCGCAGCCACAAAACAUGCAUGACCUCGUUCAUUAACAUGUGCAUUCCCAAACACACACACCCAUACACACACACACACAGACACACACAUUCAUGUGUAAAUCAACUUUGUCAAUUUCUGGGAAAUGCCCAUUGGCUUCACAGUAGGUACACCAAAAACACAGAGCACACAGUGUCUUUUUAUCUGAAAUUAUAUCAUAUUUAAAACCUGCUUGUGUGUGUGUGUGUGUGUGUGUGUGCGUGCGUGUGUGACAUGAGCAUCCACUUCUCCUUGGAUUUCAUGACUUAUAAUGACUAACACUCCCUAUUUUAUGGCCAGAGUCAGUCCUGUUUUAAUCCGAGAGCCAUGUAGGCCCUUUAAAGUUCAUCAACUACACUUGGGUUAUAAAAGGAAGAUUGUAAAGCCAGGAGAAGAUCGCGAGGAUCCAUAAUGCUUCGAGUAUGUUUCUAGACCUGUUUUAACUUUACCUCAGCUAAUGGUUUGUUAAUGUAAAAGGACAUCUUAUUUUUAUCUCAAUGAAGAUGACAUUCAACAGUGAAUUUUUAGGAGAUUUCUUCUCUCUCUCUCUCUCUUUUUUUUUCGAUUUACAUAUCGCACCAUGUAAUACUGUACCA